AUGGGGCGGGUAGGCGUUGCGAACGGUGGCCGUGUACACGCCGCGGACGACGACACACGCUCGCUCGCCAUCAUUCGUGCCAAUGCACCGUUGACGUCCACACCUAUUGCGCGCCGUCUCCUCAGCCACAACAUGCACUCGGAGCCUACUCCGUCGUCGUCGUCGUCGUCGUCUCCUCAACCGAAAUCUUCAGCGAUGGAAUUGCCGCCGCCACCGCCGCCGUAUCCUUUGAACGCACGAGGCCGCUACCGCCACAUCAGACGCGUCUGUCCGCGUGCCGGUGGAGAAAAAGGAAAUAGCAAGCUAACCACGAUUCCAGAGUUCAUAAUUCACAAACAAAGUGACGAAUAUCAGAUAAUUGCUUGGACAAUAUUACAGCAGUCAAUCUCUAAUUUAGUACAACAGGUGACUUCGGAAGACAAAGCCAGGGAAAUCGCAAAAAAGAUUUUACGUUUAAAUAUAAUGCGUGGUAAAGGUCUACUUUGCAAGUACAUUAUGUCUGUUCAGUUAGCUUCGACCGAUAAAACUCACAUCUACGCUUUGUUUAUUUCUCUUAUCUACCUUGAGUUUCCAGACGUAGGAGGGUUACUCUUGGUACGGUGUCUUCAGCAGUUUAAAGUCGCAAACAAAACAAAAGAAAAAUGUGAAUAUUUAACAUCUGUUCUAUUUAUAUCAUACUUGAUUAUUUACGAAGUAGUGUCACCGCUUAUGGCUGUUAAACUAUUAUCGUUUCUCGUCAAGUUACCGACACAGGAUUCAAUUGAUGCAGCAUUUGUGAUUCUAAACACAUGUGGACAUAAAAUGAGUGAUAGUAAUAAAAAGGAACUCGAAAACCUUAUAAACUUGGGGCCCAGUACUUCGGCGUACAACAUACGGUCUGGCAAAAAGAUUAGACGUAUGAUACAAAUAAUAAUGGAAACUAUUUCACUUAAAAAUGUAUUAAAAUUCAAAAAGCCUACGAUGACUAAAUUCAGAACGCCUUUUAAUAUUUCUUUGGAAAGCCAAAUUGAUCCACACUUGGAGUUGGACUAUUAUUCUUACGACCCAUAUUAUGAAUAUACUGAAGAACUGUAUGAAUUAUUUCGUACACAAGUUCUAGAAUCUGAUGAUAAAGAUGAAUACGUAUUAAUGUAUGAUACUGAGACCUAUGAUAAAAAAAAUAAGAAGAAAAAUAAAUUUGUGAUUAAGUACUCGGGAAAUCCAAAAAUAGACAAAAACUCGAAUUCUUUACAAGAAUUAGUCCAAAUGAUACUGGACUCAUCAACUUUUAAGUAUGAAAAUUGUGCUUAUCAAUUAAUGAAAAUAAAAUUGAAUCCCGGCCAAGAAAUGGAAAUUUGCCUUAUGCUUUUUGAGCUUUGCUUUGAGCGUGAUUCAUAUAAUGAGCGUCUUGGAUAUAUAACACAAAUAUUUUGUCAGUUAAACAGAUUUCUAAUUGAACCGUUUGAGAAAUUAUUUGUUGACACCUACGCUAUUGUCAACAGUUUUGACACAAUAAAAUUACGUAAUAUUGCAAAAUAUUUUGCUCAACUGCUGUAUAGUGAUACAAUUUCUUGGAAAGUUUUGUCAGCUAUACGACUUAAUGAAAUUGAAACAACGGCUUCUACUGGUAAUUUUCUCAAGCAUUUGUUUCACGAGUUAAGCGAACAUAUGGGAGAAGAAGAAUUGAAGUAUCGCGUAGAGGACCCUUCAUUGAAAUAUGCGUUUGAAGGAAUUUUUUUUGGAGACAAAUAUAACAACUCAACAUUUUCUUUCGACUUUUUUUCAUCUAUUGGUUUGGGUGGCUUAAUUAAGACAUUCGAAAAAUCAUUAAUUUUCUAAUCCAAAUAAUUAUCUUGCAUGACUACAAUCGUUGACAUUGGGUAAUCACAUAUUGGCUGCAACAAUUACCCACAG